AUGAACAACUUCAUGAAACUAUUCGCUAUUUUUGUUGUUCUUAUAGGAAUCCAAACCGCCUUCUCUCAAUCAAAGGUGUCCCCUCCGAGACCUAAUCCUAUACAACAACUCUGCAAAAGAAACCGUUAUCAAAGCCUAUGUGUCUCUACUCUCACUCUUGAUCCUAGAAGCAAAACCUCAAAUCUACAAGGGCUUGCGUCGAUCUCCAUCGAUGCGACGACAAAGAAAGUGAACGAGUCGUUAAAUUAUUUUGUCUCCGUUAUGAAGAACAUCACUCGUCAAGAAGAAUUUGAGAUAUACGGAACUUGCAUUGAGGAGUACGGCGCGGCUGUUCGUAGGUUUAUACCGGCGGCUUUGGCUGAUCUAAAGGCUAAGAAGUAUUCUCAGGCGAUGGCUGACAUGAAAGACGUCGUGUCGGCACCGGAUGUGUGCAAGGACCAAUUCGCUGGAUUUUCUCCGUUGCCGGUGACUCAGCGUAACAAAGCCGUCCAUGAUAUCGCCGAUAUGACUGCUGAUAUCAUCAAAACUUUCACGUCUGCCAAUUAG